UGCAGCAGCGGCAGCAGACAUGAAAUCCUGCAACGAGCUCGUCUGACCGUUUGUUGAGUUUCUCCGCUGAAUGAAAACUAAAACUUUCUCUGCAGCAGACACACUUUUUUUUUUUUUAACCCAAGGUGGGAAAGACGUGCAGCAGAUGAGGAUCUGUGGAGGAUUUCCAGACAGGUGCACCUGCUAAAUGAAGAAAAUUUACGUUGAAGAGAUUUCUUUCUGAAGAUCGACGGUGCUGAACUGAACCACAGCUGCAGAAUGACAGCUGCCACUAAGCUCCUGGAUGAGAUGUGCCACCUGUCGGCUCAGUCUCUGACAGCGAUGGACACAGCCGACCACUUCAACAUCCUGAAGCUCCUGGGCGAAGGCUCGUAUGGUAAAGUCAUGCUGGCCGUGCACAAGAAGAGAGGAACUCCGAUGGCUCUGAAGUUCUUCCCGCGUGAGUCUACGUCUCUUUUCUCUUUCCUGAGGGAGUAUAACCUCUCGCUGUCGUUCUGCACCCACCCCUCUCUGACCAGAGCCAUGGGCAUCGCCUACUCCACGCCCUCACACUACGUCUUCGCUCAGCAGGCGAGCCUCUUCGGCGAUCUCUACGACGUCAUCCUGCCCGAGGUUGGUAUGGAGGAGGACUGCUGCCAGCGGGUGGUGUCCCAGCUGUGUGGCGCUCUCUCCCACCUGCACUCUCUCGGUUUCGUCCACAGAGACCUCAAACCGGAAAACGUCUUCCUGUGCGACUCGGCCUGCCGUUGGGUCAAACUAGGAGACUUCGGCAUGGUGAAGGCCAAGGGCACCAGGGUCCCGGAGGUCUGGUACAGCUCUCCUUACUGCACCCCCGAGGCCGAGAUCGCUCGCGGAAACGAGGACAGCUGGAGCAGCAUUAAUGACGGGAAGGACGGCAUAAAGGGCGAUGAGGAGAAGAAAAAGAAGCAGCAGAGAGUUUGGGUGUCUGUGGAGCCCAGCACAGACAGCUGGGCGCUGGGCAUCCUGACCUACGCCAUGCUCACCGGCAGCCACCCCUGGGCCGAGACCGUUGCCGACUGCCGCGCGUACCUGAAGUACCGGGAGUGGUUCGACAGGUCAGAAGGCCCCGACGACGAGCUGGACGUGUGGGCGGAGCCGCGGGGCCAGGAAGAAGACAUCGAUUUAAUCGGGGCAGAUCUCGGAAAGAAAGACUGCCCUCCUGUGGCGCCCCAGUUUGCGUGUUUCACCCCGCUGGCCCGCUGCUUCUUCCGGGCGCUGCUGGACCCGAGGCCCCGGCUUAGAGGGCGACCAGACGUUUCUCUGAAUUACCUCGGAGGGGAGUGGGUGAUGGAGAAGGAGAGAGUGAGGCUGGACGAGGAGAGGAAGAAGAGCGGAGGGAAGGGAGCGAUCAGGAACAUGAAAGAGAUGGAGGGGAGAGGAGAGAGAUGAGGAGGCCGAAUAAUGAAGCAACUACUCCUCAACAGAACCCAUCAGGUAUCUGUCUGAGAAACAUUUGGCCUCAUUCAACGUGUAGUCAACGGACAAAAAGACUUUUUUGUGAUGCAACAAUCUCAGAGUUAGAGUUGAAGACUAUAUCUAUAAGGGGAUUGUUUCACAAGAAGUCAGUUGAUCUACAUAAACGAAGCAACAAAAGAAAAGGCUAAAUUAUCAUCAGGCGAUAACCGAUGGGUUCCUGAUCCACUGAAACGUGAUUGGUCAAUACGACUUUGACUACAAAGGGAAACCAGAACAUUUCUGAGACCACAAUACGCCUUCAGAUGUCUGUUUAGAGAGAUUAUCUUUGACUCGACAAUAUGUCUUUGUCAAGUAUGUGAGACGUUUAUGUUUAAUCUCUAAAACCUGCUUAUGUUGUUUUUAGUUUAUUGUAGUAGCAAAUAUAUUUUAUUGUGCCUCAAAAAGACAGUAUCACAUUUCAUCAUCGUCAUUUCAAGUUAGAAAAAUCUGAAUCUGUUACAGGUAUGUUUUCACUGGUUUAUAAUCGUUCAAAUCAAAAUAUAAUCAAAAGCCAAGAAAUUGGAAAAAUGUUUUUAACAGUACAACAAACAUUUGUUAAAAAAAGACUGUGAGCGUCUACACUGAUAUUUCUGGUAUGAAAGGACGCCGUGUUUGUCAGGAAUGUGUGACGUUUUGGUUUAAUAUAUUAAACCUGACUUGUGUUGUUUUUAAUUUUUUUGUUUAGCAAACAUAUUUUAUUGUGCGUGCCUCCAAAAAGACUUUAUGGUCAUAAACACUGUAAAGUCAUUUCAAGAUAUAAAAUCAGAAUCUGUUACUGGUAUUUUUUCACUGGUUUUGUUACAUCUUAAAUCAGUUAAAUCCAAAUAUAGUCAAAAGCGACAAAAUUGGAAAAAUGUCUAAUGUUUUAAGAAGACAUUUGUUUAAAAAGACAGUGAGCGUCUACACUAAUAUUUACGGUAUGAAAGGACGCUGGUCUAUGUGUCUGUCAAGGUUUAAUCUAUUAAACUCAACUUGUGCUGUAUUUAGUUUAAUGUCUAGUAAUAAUAUAUAAGAUAUUGUCAUAAGCUACAAUCACUGUAGAGUGUACAGUAGAUAAACACAAACAUUCUCUGGUUCAAGCUUCUCAAAUAUGAGAAUUUGCUGCUUUUUUAAAGUUUUUUUUUGUUGUUGUUUAAGUUCUCAGAAUCUGUUACAGGUAGAUUUUUUCAUUUUAGGUGGUUAAUCGAGGUAUCAAAAAAAUAACCAAAAAGUCUGUGAGCCUCUACUCUAAGUUUUACGGUAUGGAAUGAUGCUGAUCUUUGGUGAUCGGCAUUUGUUUUUGGCAGUUAAUUACUACAUUUUACAGUAUGUUUUUUUUAAUUAGUUAAAACCAUAUGCAGCAUACCUAACUGCUUCUUAAAUAUCCGAUUUAAAAUGACUUGUAAAAACAGUGUAACAGCUGCAGUCCUUGGGAUUACAGGCUUCAGUAGAGCUGUAACGAUAUCAAGUCCGUGUAAAAGAUACCGUCUUUAGCGCACUGCAACUAUAUUUGGGUUUCGAGUGUUUUCAUCAUAGUAGGCAAUGAACUGUAUAUAGACUGAGGUAGUGGCCCGGUCUUUACAUCCAUAAACAGCGCUUUGACCCAGUAAAUAUCAACCUGUUCAAAGGCACUUUUUGUAUGCUUCAUAUAUUUUAGUAGCACUUUUGUAGCACUGUAAAUGUAGUUGGCAGCUAGAAACUUAGCAUUAGCACCCAUCCAGUCACUUUGUACGUGACUAAAAACAACAUAUUCUUACUUUGUAUGGUACUUUUAUUACAUUUAAUGUAUAACAUAAUAAUAAAAAUACUAUAAUACUGAGUGUUAUUGACAUAAUGUAUGUUUAUUAAGUGUACUACAGACAUUUGAAGUCUAUAAAAUAUCUAAAUGCAAUAAAAUGAUUGUUUUU